GGCAAUAACGAUGAAUACUCUGCAUCUGCAGAGACGCAUCACCGUAAAUACUGUACCGACAAUGCAGAAACCAGUUUGACCAUAAAUCAGCUUUGCUUAAACGCCCAAUCAGGAAAAAGCUAAACCCGGAAGUAAUUUAUCCAGCUGUUGGUGUGUGUGAGAGAGAAACAUAGAGAGAGGAGAUGGUGGUUGUUUGUGGCUUUCUUUGGGAUGAAAAUAAUACACCGUAUAAAAAUGUAACCGACGACAUAAAUCCACGUCUGGUCUCGAACGAGGAACAUUGUGGUAUUUGGGCCUGGAUGAGGUUUUGUAGCCAACCAUGUUGCCCUGCUCCACCACAACACAGCAGACCAGAGGAGUAGACAGACAGUAGAAUUCAAUGUCAUUGUGAAGAGGACACUGUGAGUGCAGGAUGCAGUCUUCAGGCCACCGGCAGCGCGACACAGAGCAGCACCAACCCCUGCUGUCAGCUGACAAUGACCCUGAGGCUGGGGCAGGUCCUCUGUGUCCUCCGGCUGACCAGGACGGCCUGUGGUUUAUCCAGGACGGCUGUGGUAUAGUCUGUGGUGUGGUGACCUGGUUGUUGGUCCUCUACGCUGACUUUGUGGUCAAUCUGGUGAUGCUGCUGCCAAACAAGAGCUUGUGGUACUCCGUGAUCAACGGAGCGCUGUUUAACUUCCUGGUCGUCAUGGCGCUGGCCUCGCAUCUACGGGCCAUGCUGUCAGACCCGGGGGCGGUUCCUAAGGGCAACGCCACCAAAGAGUACAUGGACAGUCUGCAGCUGAAACCUGGAGAGGUCAUCUAUAAAUGUCCCAAGUGUUGCAGCAUCAAGCCACAGAGGGCCCAUCACUGCAGUAUCUGUAAGCGCUGUAUCCGUAAGAUGGACCACCACUGUCCCUGGGUCAACAACUGUGUCGGGGAGAAGAACCAGCGCUUCUUUGUGCUCUUCACAAUGUACAUAGCUCUGAUCUCGGUCUACGCCCUCUGCCUCAGUUUCCUACAGUUCUACAGCUGUGUCAAUGACCAGUGGAAUGAAUGCACCGACUUCUCUCCGCCAGUGGCGGUGAUGCUGAUGAUCUUCCUCUGUCUGGAGGCCUUCCUCUUCCUCACCUUCACCGUGGUGAUGUUCGGAACGCAGAUACACUCCAUCUGUAACGACGAGACGGAGCUGCUACAGUGUUUCCCAGACCCCAAGUCCUCCCCUUUACCAGUGUUUCCCAGACCCCAAGUCCCCCCCUUUACCAAUGUUUCCCAGACCGUAAGUCCUCCCCUUUACCAGUGUUUCCCAGACCCCAAGUCCCCCCAUUUACCAAUGUUUCCCAAGUCCCCCCAUUUACCAAUGUUUCCCAAGUCCCCCCCUUUACCAGUGUUUCCCAGACCCCAAGUCCCCCCCUUUACCAAUGUUUCCCAAGUCCCCCCCUUUACCAGUGUUUCCCAGACCCCAAGUCCCCCCCUUUACCAAUGUUUCCCAAGUCCCCCCCUUUACCAGUGUUUCCCAGACCCCAAGUCCCCCCCUUUACCAAUGUUUCCCAAGUCCCCCCCUUUACCAAUGUUUCCCAGACCCCAAGUCCCCCCCUUUACCAGUGUUUCCCAGACCCCUGUCCUGUCCCCCCCUUUACCAGUGUUUCCCAGACCCCAAGUCCCCCCCUUACCAGUGUUUCCCAGACCCCUGACCUGUCCCCCCCUUUACCAAUGUUUCCCAAGUCUCCCCCUUUACCAAUGUUUCCCAGACCCCAAGUCCCCCCCUUUACCAAUGUUUCCCAAGUCCCCCCCUUUACCAAUGUUUCCCAGACCCCAAGUCCCCCCCUUUACCAGUGUUUCCCAGACCCCUGACCUGUCCCCCCCUUUACCAAUGUUUCCCAAGUCUCCCCCUUUACCAAUGUUUCCCAGACCCCAAGUCCCCCCCUUUACCAAUGUUUCCCAAGUCCCCCCCUUUACCAAUGUUUCCCAGACCCCAAGUCCCCCCCUUUACCAGUGUUUCCCAAGUCCCCCCCUUUACCAAUGUUUCCCAGACCCCAAGUCCUGUCCCCCCCCUUUACCAAUGUUUCCCAGACCCCAAGUCCUGUUCCCCCCUUUACCAGUGUUUCCCAGACCCCAAGUCCCCCCCCUUACCAGUGUUUCCCAAGUCCCCCCCUUUACCAAUGUUUCCCAGACCCCUGUCCUGUCCCCCCCUUUACCAAUGUUUCCCAGACGCCUGUCCUGUCCCCCCCUUUACCAAUGUUUCCCAGACCCCAAGUCCUGUUCCCCCCUUUACCAAUGUUUCCCAGACCCCAAGUCCUAUUCCCCCCUUUGCCAAUGUUUCCCAGACCCCAAGUCCUGUUCCCCCCUUUACCAAUGCUUCCCAGACCCCUGUCCUGUUCCCCCCUUUACCAAUGCUUCCCAGACCCCUGUCCUGUUCCCCCCUUUACCAAUGCUUCCCAGACCCCUGUCCUGUCCCCCCCUUUACCAAUGUUUCCCAGACCCCAAGUCCUGUCCCCCCCCUUUACCAAUGUUUCCCAUACCCCAAGUCCUGUUCCCCCCUUUACCAGUGUUUCCCAGACCCCAAGUCCCCCCCUUUACCAGUGUUUCCCAAGUCCCCCCCUUUACCAAUGUUUCCCAGACCCCUGACCUGUCCCCCCCUUUACCAAUGUUUCCCAGACCCCUGACCUGUCCCCCCCUUUACCAAUGUUUCCCAGACCCCUGACCUGUCCCCCCUUUACCAAUGUUUCCCAGACCCCUGACCUGUCCCCCCCUUUACCAAUGUUUCCCAGAUGCCAGUCCUGUCCCCCCCUUUACCAAUGUUUCCCAGACCCCAAGUCCUGUUCCCCCCUUUACCAAUGUUUCCCAGACCCCAAGUCCUGUUCCCCCCUUUACCAAUGUUUCCCAGACCCCAAGUCCUGUUCCCCCCUUUACCAAUGUUUCCCAGACCCCAAGUCCUGUUCCCCCCUUUACCAAUGUUUCCCAGACCCCAAGUCCUGUUCCCCCCUUUACCAAUGUUUCCCAGACCCCAAGUCAUGUUCUCCCCUUUACCAAUGCUUCCCAGACCCCUGUCCUGUCCCCCCCUUUACCAAUGUUUCCCAGACGCCUGUCCUGUCCCCCCCUUUACCAAUGUUUCCCAGACCCCAAGUCCCCCCCUUUACCAAUGCUUCCCAUACUUGGAGCUUUGGGUUUGUCCCAACUGGCACCCUAUUCCCUAUAUAGUGCACUACUUUAGACCAGAGCCCUAGGAAGUGCAUUAUUUAGGGAAUAGGCAGCCAGUUGGAACACACAGCCUUUAAUACAAACUUCAUUGGUGAAGCAAUGGGUCUGUCAACCAACAGGAAGCUUGUAGUGACAGUCUUUAUAACAACUGAUGAAGGCUAAUUCAGUCCACCAUUUUGUUUCCCUCAGCCCUCCUGACCUCCCUCAUGAUGAAGGCUAAUUCAGUCCACCAUUUUGUUCCCCCUCAGCCCUCCUGACCUCCCUCAUGAUGAAGGCUAAUUCAGUCCACCAUUUUGUUCCCCCUCAGCCCUCCUGACCUCCCUCAUGAUGAAGGCUAAUUCAGUCCACCAUUUUGUUCCCCCUCAGCCCUCCUGACCUCCCUCAUGAUGAAGGCUAAUUCAGUCCACCAUUUUGUUCCCACUCAGCCUUCCUGACCUCCCUCAUGAUGAAGGCUAAUUCAGUCCACCAUUUUGUUCCCCCUCAGCCCUCCUGACCUCCCUCAUGAUGAAGGCUAAUUCAGUCCACCAUUUUGUUCCCCCUCAGCCCUCCUGACCUCCCUCAUGAUGAAGGCUAAUUCAGUCCACCAUUUUGUUCCCCCUCAGCCCUCCUGACCUCCCUCAUGAUGAAGGCUAAUUCAGUCCACCAUUUUGUUCCCCCUCAGCCCUCCUGACCUCCCUCAUGAUGAAGGCUAAUUCAGUCCACCAUUUUGUUCCCCCUCAGCCCUCCUGACCUCCCUCAUGAUGAAGGCUAAUUCAGUCCACCAUUUUGUUCCCACUCAGCCUUCCUGACCUCCCUCAUGAUGAAGGCUAAUUCAGUCCACCAUUUUGUUCCCACUCAGCCUUCCUGACCUCCCUCAUGAUGAAGGCUAAUUCAGUCCACCAUUUUGUUUCCCCUCAGCCCUCCUGACCUCCCUCAUGAUGAAGGCUAAUUCAGUCCACCAUUUUGUUCCCCCUCAGCCCUCCUGACCUCCCUCAUGAUGAAGGCUAAUUCAGUCCACCAUUUUGUUCCCACUCAGCCCUCCUGACCUCCCUCAUGAUGAAGGCUAAUUCAGUCCACCAUUUUGUUCCCCCUCAGCCCUCCUGACCUCAUCUCUCUGCUGAUUUAGUUGUCUUCACAACAGAGCCAUUGUGACACAGGGUAUUGAUGAUCCUCAACCACCCGUUUGUUUCAUGAGAUAUGCGUUACCCUAAUCAAUACAAUCCUCAAUCAUGCAAAUGUCCGCCAUUGAUUAAUGCUGUAUGUUUUAAACUGUAUCCAUUUGGUUUAUGAUUGUAGAUAUAAAUUGUUUUAAAAUAAAGAGCUUUAGUCUGUGAA